AUGGCCGACUUGGACGAUUUCUUCGCGAAAAAAGAUCGCAAAAAGUCAAAGGCAGUGAAAAAGUUUUCUACCGCAGAUGAGUUAGCCAAAAAAUUGGAAGACACAAAACAGAAGUCAGAUGUAAGGCCGAAGAAGGAGCGGCCAGUGCAAGAGGGUGAGGAAGGCGGACGAGCUGGGGAGGAAGAAGAAUGGAAGGAGUAUGAGGAACCAGUCAAGGACUAUACAGGAUUGAAGAUCCAGGUGUUGCAGGGAGGGAAUGGGGCGCCUGAGUCCGGACGGGACUCAGCGUCAGAAGAAGCUGGAGGCCCCGGCGAGGGUGGCAAAGUCAAGGGACCAUGGAAUAAGCCUAAACCGGCGGAGGUGGAGGCUCCGCCCCCGCCUCCCGUAGAGGAGAAGCCUCGUGAGAGCAAACCCACCACUUACGUGCCGCCUUCUUCUCGUCAGCGGCCUGUCGAAAACCCGCGCCGGACUCAGCAAAAGCACGCGCCGGACAUCCACAACGACGACUACUUCCCGGUGCUGGGCGCGGCGGGCAAGCGCGGCGCGGGCGGCUGGAGCACGGCCGCGGGCGGAGCCUCCGCGCACCCCGCGCACACGCGCCAGCCGCUCGCGCUCGGCAACCGCUUCAACUCGCUGCAGGACGACAGCUAG